UCUAUAUUUCAUCCUGCAUCUCUCUGUUUUCCUUCCUUCUGACAUCUCCCUCUGUUAGUGUGACCCAGCUGCUGGAGCGGAUCAGUGAAGUGUUGGAGCAGAACCACCUCUUCAUGUCAGACCGGCCUGGUUUGUGUCAGGAGCUUGAGAGCCUGCAGCAGCACCUGGAGAGUCUCAGCUCCAGCCCUUUACCUCCGGACAGCAGCCUCAACAGCAGCCAGGGCUUCACUCUGGCCAGUGUGUUGGUGAAUCCGUCAGGUUUCCAGCAGUUCCUGGUCAGGAACCUUUCCCUGUCCAGCUCCACAGCCAGCCUGCUGCUCAACACUCCAGUCAGCCUCCCAGAGGUGAUCAGUGUCACUUUACCUA